GCCGCGGCCUCCGCCGCCGCCGAGGCACCCGCUGCCGCGGGCCUCUUCGGCGGCGGCGGCGCCGCCAGCGGAGGGGGUAUCUUCGGCGGCGCGGCCUCGGGCGGCGGGGGCGCCAGCCUCUUCGGCGGAGGCGCCGCCACUGGCGCCGCCGGAGCUGGCCUCUUCGGGGGCAGCGCCGGCUCCGGCGCGGACGCCGGGGGCGGCGCCUUGGCCCCCGCAGCCCCCUCUGCAGGAGCGAGCCUGUUCGCCGCGGCCGGGGGCGGCGCGGCGGCGGCGAGCCUGUUCG